AUGGAAGAUACUGUUUUUAUAAGCGGGGAUUAUGUUAAUGUUGAGAAAAAUAAAAUAAAUAAAAUUAAUGAAAAUAAUUUUGAGAAAAUUCAUGACAGUGAGUAUGACAGCAUAUACAGAAGUAAAUGUUCAGGGAUCUUGUUAAAAACACCAUAUUAUCCUUAUAAAUAUGAUAUAAUGAACAAAAGCCACAAGUAUAUACCCAAAGUAGGUGAUCUAGUAAUAGGUAUAGUAAAAUCAAAGAAGCUAGAUUAUUAUAUUAUGGAUAUCAAUUGUAACUGUGAAUGUAUUAUACACAAAAUUGAGAGUUUUAAGUAUGCUACAAAAAGUAGUUUUCCUAACUUAAUGAACGGUACAUUGCUAUAUAUGAUAGUGGAAAAAAUUAAUUUGGAUAAUAAUAGUGUUGUUGCUAGCUGUAUUAAUUCAGCAGAUGUAAAAUCAUGGAUAAAUUAUGAGAAUUAUUUGGGGGAAUUAGUAGAUGGCUUUUUAUUUCCAGUUAAUAUUUCUUACUCAAAAAGCUUAAUAGGAGACAGGUGUUAUAUAUUAGAUUUAAUUGGGAAAGAUAUUAAUUACGAAAUAGCAAUUGGUCAUAAUGGAAGAGUAUGGGUUAAAACGGAUGAUCCGCAGGAAACUAAUAUGAUACACAGCGCUCUGCGGUACUCCUAUGGGAUGACUAAAACACAGAUGGAUGUUUUAUGGAAGUCUAUUAAUAACUUACGUAAAAAAGCUACAUAA